UCUACUGGGUAUGCAAAUACAUCCUAAAAGAAUUUAUGCAGAAUGUCAUCAGAUGAGGAGAAAGGCUCACUUCCUGUUAUACAGAAUGACUCCGACCGGGCCAGUUCUGUGUCUUCAGAUCUUCAGGAAGAGUAUGAAGAACUGCUUCGUUAUGCUAUCGUGACUCCAAACGUUGAGUCAGGUGCUUCACAGCCGUAUCAUUCUAGGGGAGAGGUGGGACCAGAUGUGAGGGUUCCUACUCUAAUUGAUGAUAUUCUUCAUAAUCAAGGAAAUAGCCCUGUAGUAAGAGAAACAAAGAUGGAAGUUGGAAAAGGAUGUGAUUUAAAUAUUUCAAGUCAUUCAAAGACAGAUGGGUCAUCGCCAGUGUCGUCACCGAGGAAGCCCUCACACCCAGUCAUGGAUUUCUUCAGUUCUAACCUCUUAGGUGACUCUUCCUCACCAGCAUCUAUUUCUAGUCAUGCAGACGUCCAUGAAGUCGUUGUGAGCGAUUUUCUUGUUUCGGAUGAAAACCUUCAGAAGAUGGAAAACGUACUGGAUCUUUGGAGUUCAGGGCUUAAGACAAACAUCAUAUCUGAACUAAGCAAAUGGAGACUUAAUUUUAUUGACUGGCACCGAAUGGAAAUGAAAAAAGAGAAAGAAAAACAUGCAGCACACUUAAAACAACUGUGCAACCAGAUCAACAGCUUAAAGGAGCUGCAAAAAGCCUAUGAAGUUUCCAUCGGGAGAAAAGAUGAGGUGAUUUCCAGCUUGUCUCAUGCCAUAGGCAAGCAAAAGGAAAGGAUAGAGUUGAUGAGAACAUUCUUCCACUGGCGAAUUGGCCAUGUUAAAUGCAGACAGGAUGUCUAUGAAGGUAAACUAGCUGACCAGUACUUCCAGAGAACUUUACUGAAGAAGGUCUGGAAAGGCUGGCGGUCCGUAGCACAGAAGCAGUGGAAAGAGGUAGUAGAACGAGCUUGUCAAGCAAGAGCGGAAGAAGUUUGUGUCCAGAUUUCCAAUGAUUAUGAAACCAGAGUUGCUGUGUUAUCUGGAGCUUUGGAAAAUGCAAAAGCUGAGAUUCAAAGAAUGCAGCAUGAAAAAGAACACUUUGAAGAUUCCAUGAAGAAAGCUUUCAUGAGGGGGGUGUGUGCAUUAAAUCUCGAAGCCAUGACUAUAUUUCAAAACAGAGGUGAUACAGGGAUAGACUUCACAAAUAGAAAAGAAGAGUAUGGCCCUGGCGUUCAAGGCAAAGAACAUUCUGCUCCUUCGGAUCCUCUGGCCCCUCCAGUGCCCCCAGUGGUUGCACCGCCACAGUCCCCGCCCCCAGCUGCCAUGGGAGCGGCCGGCGCCGCUGCUUUUCCCUCCGCGGCUUCCAUCCCGUCGGCUGGGGCUCCUUCCGCUUCCUCUGCUCACUUUCCCGUUUCUGCAACUCUCGGCACUGCUGCCCCAGAAGAAAUGUAUGUGCCCAGAGUUGUGACAUCUGCACAACAGAAAGCUGGAAGAACAAUUACAGCCCGGAUCACAGGGAGAUGUGAUUUUGCCUCAAAAAACAGAAUUAGUAGCAGCUUAGCUAUAAUGGGAGUUUCUCCUCCCAUGAGCUCAGUUAUUGUGGAAAAACAUCAUCCAGUCACAGUGCAAACCAUUCCUCAAGCUGCUGCAGCAAAAUAUCCCCGGACAAUUCAUCCUGAAAGUACCUCAGCUUCUAGAUCCCUUGGAACCAGGUCAACUCACACCCAGUCUCUCACAAGCAUUCAUUCCAUAAAAGUGGUUGACUAAAAUGAAUAUGCACAUAUUGAGAUCUUUUAAUUCUUCUGAUUUUACCAAGAAUUAGAAGUCUCUAGUUGUUAAAAUUUCAUAUUCUCGGAACAUCAUAGAUAUAUCAUGUUCAUCUUUUCAAAAUUACAAGAGACUUUUCAAGCCAUACCAUCCUGUGUAACUAUAUGUAGGAUUAUUUUAAUUUUAAUGUUAUUUUUUUAAUUUAAGCAAUUAAGUAAAACUUUUUUAAAUUAAAAAAUGACUUAAUUUUUUAAUAGAUUCAGCCUGUCACUGAUUACACCAUAAGAGUAUAUAAAUCCUGUUUUCUCAACGUUAUUUCCAAAAGGCUAAAUUAUUUCCAGUGUUACCAAGUAAACUUUGAGAACUUUACUAAAAAUAUUAAAACUAAUAGAAAAAUUAAGGUAUUUUUAUUUUAAAAUUUAAAAAAAGUAAUGAUACUUUAAUACAAAGUUUUUGUGAUGGUAGUGUAUUAGUCUUCAUUUUCCUCAGACUAUUACAAUUAAAAAUGGGAAUUGGUGAGACCUGUGAAUAAUUUUAAUGUUAAAAAGAGAAAGA